GCAUCCGUCCACAUCAAGCUACAGGGAGGAACGAGCAAGAGUCAUUCACUAAGUUGAUUCACUUUUAGUUUUGAGUUCGCAGUGAAAUAGCAGUACUACAUUUUAUUCAUUGACAAAGUUUUGGACUUAAGCCCAUUCAGUCACAAUGGGCGAUCAUUACGGAGGUUAUGGUGGCGGAAAUUACGGCAGUGGAGGUGCACAGAGUCAAUAUUCCACACCUCCUCCAGCUACUGGAGCUGGUGGCGGAAACAGUUACCCCUCAGGCGGCUAUGAUCAAUCCUCCGGUGGUGGUGGAUACAACCAAGGUAACUGGAACAGUAAUUCUGGUAAUGGAAAUAGCGGCUAUGGAUCUCAAGGAGGCUAUAGUUCCAGUGGUCAAUCAGGUGGUUAUGGAGGCCAAAGUGGUGGAUUUAACAGUAACCAAGGCGGAGGAGGUGGAAGUGGUUAUGGAAAUCAAGGAGGUGGUGGAGGCGGCGGUUAUGGUGGAAGUCAAGGUGGUGGAUAUCAAAGUGGCGGAGGUGGAGGCUAUGGAGGAAACAGCUAUAAUGGUUCAGGAGGUAAUGAUCGAGACUAUGAUCGUCGUGGUAGUGGCGGCGGCGGCGGUGGUGGAUCUUAUGAUAGCCGAGGAGGAAGUCGUCCAGGGUAUAAUAAAGGGGGAUAUAAUUCUGGAGGCGGUGACAUGAUCACACAAGAGGACACAGUUUUUGUAUCUGGAAUGUCACCCAAUUUGACUGAGGAAGACAUUGAACAGCACUUUGGUUCUAUUGGUGUAAUAAAGAUGGAUAAACGCACAAUGAAGCCUAAAAUCUGGAUGUACAAAGAUAAAGUAUCAGGAAAACCUAAAGGCGAAGCAACAGUUACAUAUGAUGAUCCAAAUGCAGCACAAUCUGCUAUUCAAUGGUUUGAUGGCAAAGAUUUUAGAGGAUCCGUAAUUAAGGUCUCGUUAGCCCAACGCCAAAAUAACUGGCAAGGUGGUGGUGGCCGUGGCGGCGGAGGUCGUGGUGGUGGUCGCGGAGGCGGCGGUGGCCGUGGAAGUUUUGGAGGCGGUCGUGGUGGAGGUGGCGGUGGCCGUGACCGCGGUGAUGACAGAGGCCGGGAUGGCGAUUGGACAUGUCCUAGUUGUUCCAACACCAACUUUGCUUGGAGAAAUGCCUGCAACAGGUGUAGUGAAGAAAGACCUGAUGGUGCAGGCGGCGGUGACUCCGGCCGAGGUGGUGGCCGUGGAGGCGGCCGCGGCGGUGGUGGUGGAGGUGGUAGUUACGGUAACCGCGGAGGCGGUGACAGAGAUUCUGGUCGCGGUGGUGAUAGAGGUUUCCGCGGAGGUGGUGGCCGCGGUGGCGGUGGUGGUUAUGGAGGUGGCCGCGGAGGCGGUGGUGAUCGUAAUUCUGGAGGAGGUGGCUCAAUGCGUGGAGGAGAUAGAGGACGAGAUAGGCAACGACCUUAUUAAAUAAUUAGCUUGUAAUUUUAUUCAUCCUCAUUUUCACAUCAUUCGUACUCAUAUUAGAUUUUAUUGAUUUUUAGAAUUAUUUAUAUGAUUUUGUAUGAUUCAAUGUAACACAAUUAUUGUAAAAUCUUAUAUUAAGAUUCUAAUAAAUAUAAAAUAAUAGAA